CACUUCCAAAAUUAUACGUUGUUCAUCUCCUCUCCUCUUCCCCUCUCUCUUCCUCUCCCCGCCAUUUUUCUUCUUAUUCCCAAAUCACAACCACCAUUCAUUCUCCAUCUCAAUGGAGGACACAAAUCCACCACCCUCAGACACCUCCAACGAUCUCAACACAAAAGUUGACGGAGAACAAACGCCCUCCGUCGUUCCACAAGACGGCACACUCCACGAGAAAAAUAUAGAUCAAUUCAUUUCUCUUUUAGGUACCGAUGACAAAUCGGACUCAUCUUCGCCACCUGAAAUAGUCGAAUCCGUUCAAAUUUUCGUUGAUCUGUUCGAUGUUAAGGUCGUUGAAUACGAAUCCGGUUCGAAGAGAUGGAUCCAGCUCGACGAAAACGAAUCUGCAUGUUUUCUAGAGUUUGUUGAUCGAAAUGCGAAGCUGAUAAAAUCUAUGUCUAGAUUUCAUUAUGAAGAAAAUUACGCUGUCGUAAUCGAUAGGAUAAGCAGUGUUCAGGAACGUGCGUUGUGUAUACUGGAGGCUGAAUUUAAAUCGAUUCUCGACGAUUACCAAACGUCAUACGAUCGAGAUCAAGAUAAAGAUGAAGCAAAAAAGAAAGAGUUAAAGUCUUCCGCAAGCAAUGUUCAAGAAGCGGUUGAGCCAGAAUUACCGGAUCAAUCUGAUGCUGAGCAUGAGAAAGAUGAAUUUCUAGGUUAUUCAGAUGAGAUGAUGUUAGUUCUAAAAAAACUAGCUAAUGGAUUGAUAACAGGAGGUCAUGUAACAGAAUGUAGUGAAUUGUAUUUCUUCGUUAGAAGAAACGCAACAGAACAGAAUUUGAAGAAUUUUCGGUUUGAGAAGUUUUCGAUCGAUGAAGCGCAGAAGAUGCAGUGGGAGCCGAUAGAGAAAGAGGUUUCGUCGUGGAUGAAGAUGUUCAAAUACUUUUGCUCCUCGCUUUUACCUAGCGAGCGAAGGCUCGCGGAAGCUGUGUUUUCUGGCCACAUGGCGAUGUCGGAUAACUUAUUCGGAAAUCUAACUCAAAUUGUUCUCUCUUACUUUCUCAGUUUUGCAGAGGCAGUUAUGAUGACGAAACGAUCCGCUGAGAAACUGUUUAAGUUUCUAGACGUUUAUGAAGCUGUUAGAGAUAACGUUCCGCUUGUGGAGCAGUUACUUUCGGACGAAUGGCUGCCACAACUCAAAUCCGCAACGUCGUUGAUAUGCACAAUGCUUGGGGAGUCUAUUUACAACAUUUUUAUUGAACUUGAACUCUCGGUUAAAUCUGAUGUGGCGAAAACACCGGUUCCAGGAGGAGCGGUGCAUCCGUUAACUCGUUACACUAUGAAUUAUCUAAAAUACGCGUGCGAGUACAGCGACACGUUGGAGCAAGUGUUUAAAGAGCAUAAACGGAUAGACCGAGUUGAAUCAGUCACUGAUUUACAAAGUUCACAAGAGCACCAACCACAGAACCACCAAGGCGGGAAUGGAUCGCCUUUCCAAUCCCAGAUCGCAAAGAUCAUGGAUCUGUUAGAUGCAAACCUGGAAGCAAAAUCAAAGUUGUAUAAAGAUCCAUCAUUGAGCUUGAUUUUCAUGAUGAAUAAUGGGCGAUACAUUUUGCAGAAAACAAAGGGGACAGGAGAAAUGAGAACCUUGAUGGGCGAUCCAUGGGUCAGGAAACGGUCCUCGGAUCUAAGGAACUACCACACGAAUUACAAGCGAGAGACGUGGACGAAGUUGUUGCAGUGUUUGAGUCAUGAAGGGUUGAGUGUGAAUGGGAAAGUGAUGAAGCCGGUGUUGAAAGAGAGGUUCAAGAGCUUUAAUUCAAUGUUUGAUGAGAUUCACAAAUCACAAACCACUUGGGUGGUGAGUGAUGAGCAGCUUCAGUCGGAAUUGAGGGUGUCGAUAUCAGCGAUAGUUAUACCGGCGUAUAGGUCGUUUAUGGGGAGGUUCAGUCAGGUGUUUACUCCAGGGAGGCAAACGGAAAAGUAUAUUAAGUAUCAACCAGAAGAUAUAGAGAAUUGUAUUGAGGAGCUGUUUGAUGGGAAUGCAGCUCAGCUAAGCAAGAAAAGAUAAUUAAUGAUGAAUCAAGAUUCAAGAAACAUGUAAAGAGUUAAGGAUCAAAGUAAUGUCCGAGAGUUAAGAUUACCUUGUUAUCAUGGGACCAAACAAACGUAUGCAGUUGCAUGCAUUUGAGUUAUGUGGUUCUUUUUUUGUGCAAUCAUCUACUUACUUUAUAAUGAAUAUCUCUCUCUAUA